AUGACUCCCGGAGAGAGGAGGAAGAGAAGAGGACUCCGCCUGCAGAAGAAGAAGAAGAAGAAGAAGAAGAAGAAGGUGAAGAAGAAGAAGAAGAAGAAGAAUAAGAGGAAGAAUAAUCCAAACUUUUUACGACCUGAUGUUCUUAAUAAACAUUCCACGAGACGAAAUAUUGUCGUCAGCGAUCCGAUUAUUGACCUCCCUUUUAGCACCAAUAUAGAUAGCCUAAGAUCACAGAUUUCAGCCUUAGCCCACAGCACCUUCAACAACUUAAAAACACGAUGGACCCCAUUCUUCGGGAGAGAGGAUUACCUUACCCUUAAGAACUUAGCCAACGAUAAAGACAUCAUUAUCGUCAAGCCGGACAAAGGUGGGGGUACGGUUAUUCUCAAUAAACAUGAAUACAUAAAUAAAAUGGAAAAUAUCCUUGAUGAUACAUCAAAAUUUGAAAAACUCGGCUCCCCUGACUUGUAUAAUGUAAUUAAAUCCGAGGAUAAAAUUAACCGAUUCCUCAGAGCAUUGAAACAAAAUGGUAUUAUAGACGAACGUAUGUACCAAAGUUUGUUUGUUACAGGUUCUUCAUAUGGUAUUAUGUAUGGAUUGCCCAAGGUUCACAAGACCGAUGUUCCAAUACGUCCUAUUCUUUCCUCUAAUAACACAGCCAAUUAUAAUCUUGCUAAAUUCCUAGUACCUAUUCUGGAACCACUAGCUAAAGGCCCUUACACCUUAACAUGUUCUGCCGACUUCAAGGAUGAAAUUAUCAAACAGGACUCCGACUUAUUCAUGGUUAGCCUAGACGUUGAAUCCUUGUUCACCAACGUCCCUGUGGGGGAAACCAUUCAGAUUAUUUUAAAUAAGCUUUUUCCUGAUGACGAUGCUUUAUUUCAUAAUUUCAGCAAGAAUCUUUUUAAACAGUUUUUAGAGCUGGCCGUGCUGGACACAGCCUUCAUUUUCAAUGGGGUUUUGUACAAACAGGUGGAGGGAAUGGCCAUGGGAAGUCCUUUGGGACCUACGUUCGCCAACAUUUUUAUGAACUCUCUGGAAGAGCACAUAAUGGACACCUGCCCCUUAUCCUUCCUCCCUUUAUUUUAUAAACGUUAUGUUGAUGACACGUUUGUCCUAUUUAAACAAGAUUUUAAUGCAGAUUCUUUCUUGGACUUCGUCAAUACCCAACACCCUAACAUAAAAUUUACGCUAGAAAAAGAAUCUAACAGUAAACUUCCAUUUUUGGGCGUUCUUGUUUCCAAGAAUUCUGUAGGAUUCCACACGGGUAUAUAUCGUAAAGUUUACUCUCGGUGGCAGAGCAUUAAUGGAACCAUGUUUGGUUAUAAAAGGGAUUGCAUUGGGCAACAGACUUUUGCUGGGUCAUCCUGCAUGUAG